CAAGUCUUCCCUUCCUACACAAAACCCCCCCUUCUUUUCCCUAAAUCUUCGCAGCUUACACAAAAAAUGGCGAUCUCCAAAACUCUGUUUCUCAUCGCCAUUGUACUACUAUUCAACUCUUCCUUUUCCUCUUCACAUAACGACAUUCUCUCAGACUUAACAAACCUCCGAUCCCAAUCACCCACAGGAGUAAUCCAUCUCACCGAUCAACUCCUCCGUCAAAUCCUGACCGUUAAAACCCCGCGUCCAUUUUCAUUCCUAAUCUUCUUCGACGCCAAACAACUCCAUUCCAAACCCGAACUCUCACUACCCACUCUCAAAGCCGAAUUUACCCUUUUAACCUCUUCUUUCUACACUAACAACCCGGAAAGCAGUAAAAUCUUCUUUUUUACUAUUGAGUUUGGUGAAUCACAAGCUUCUUUUGGGUUAUUUGGGGUUAAUUCGUUGCCUCAUUUGAGGUUAGUGCUGCCUAAUGCGGUUGAUGUGAAAAAAGAUUCGAUUCAAAUGGAGAGGUCGGAUUUGGGUAGAUUGGCGGAUUCGAUGGCGGAGUUUGUUGAGGCGAAAGGGAAGAUUAGUGUGGGUCCUAUUCAUAGACCACCUAUGAUUUCCAAGAAACAAAUGACUAUGAUUGUUCUUGCAGGGUUGAUUUUGAGUCCUUUUUUGGUGAAAAAGAUUCUCUCUGGAGGUACCCUUUUGCAUGAUAAGUACGUAUGGAUGGCAGGGUCGAUUUUUGUGUAUUUUUUCAGUGUUUCGGGUGCAAUGCAUAAUAUUAUUAGGAAAAUGCCUAUGUUUAUGAUGGAUAGAGAGGAUCCAUCGAAGUUGGUUUUCUUUUAUCAAGGAUCUGGAAUGCAAUUGGGAGCUGAAGGGUUCGCGGUCGGGUUCUUGUACACGAUUUUGGGAUUGUUGUUGGCUUUUAUGUGUCAUGUUCUCGUUCGCCUAAAGAAUAGGACUGUGCAGAGGGUGUUUAUGCUUUUUGCGCUGUUCAUUUCGUUCUGGGCUGUGAAGAAAGUGAUUCAACUUGAUAAUUGGAAGACCGGGUACGGUAUUCAUGCUUACUGGCCUUCAAGUUGGAAUUGAUAGUAAUCUAGUAUUACUGCCUGCUGUUAUUAGGUAAGAGAUCUGUAUCCAGUUUAUAUUACAUGUCAGCUAGCUUAAUUUCGAACCUUAAGUAGUUGACGGAAAAGUUUUAGCUUCUUUUAAGGUGGAUGGGUUUUGUGAUUUAUAUGGAAGCAUUUGUGUUUUAAUUGAAACUUUGAUAAAUGGAUUAUGUACAAUUUGCACGAAUUUUGUAAUCAAUCUGUCCAUUUGGUA